UUAUUUGUAUUAGAUAUAUAUUUCAGACUGUGUUAAAUUACAUUCGACAUCCAGUUUCGUGUUCUUCCCAUAGACAUCAUUCUCAGAGAUCCUACUACAUUCAAAACUUUUUUUCUUAUUAUUAUGGCUAGCACAUCUACCAUUCUUGCUGCUCUCAAGUAUGGACGCUGCUCAUCCACCGUGGAGGUGGAGGUGCGGCUUCUCCAGUUUUGGGAAGCCAGAAACAUUAAACGUGGUGGCCACCUCAUGGGAGCAGAUAUGCUUCUUCUGGAUUCUAAGGCGAUGCUCAUACCCGCCACCAUCAACGUGAACCGUCUUCCCACCUACCGGGGACACUUGAAGGUAGGUUCCAUGUUCUCUUUGAGUGACUUUGAUGUCACUAGGUGUAAUCAGAAUUUUAGACUUUCAGACUCUCCUCUGUUGAUACGGUUCACUUUAUAUAUAUUGCAACUUUCUCCUUUUGAUGUUAGCAUCCAAAUGAUUGUUAAUGCAGCACAAACCUCGAGUUCAGAAGAUUCCUCACAAGAGCUAUCAAGUCCAGAAGAUUCCACCGAGUCGCAAGAUCUACCAAGUACGCCUUUGACAUCAGAAAAUAGGCUUGAGAAAGCAGAGUCUGCAGCAAAAGCUCUCGCAGUGGCUGAUUCCAAAGUGUUCGAAGCCAAAGAGGCGUCCCAAAUUGCAGAUACGGCCCCAAAGAAGUCUCUGACCGAUGUGCUAAAAGAUGAAAAUGUUGAACUAUGGUAG